ACCAUGGCUGAAGCGGCUGGACUGGUGCUGGGUGCCAUACCUCUUGUCUUCGCGGCUCUAGACAAGUAUCAAGAAUGUCUAGAGGCUGUACAUUCUUACGCGAGAUACGAGGAUACACUACUGAGCAUAAGAGACGAGGUUUUUAUCCAACAAAGGUUGUUCUAUGAUACCAUGGAAACGAUGGGCUUGCAUGAGCCGAGCUAUGCAGAACUCGAGCAGUGCCUUCGGAGACACUUCCCCGACAAUCACAUGCAGUUCAUGAGAUGCAUCAAAAGAAUGGCAGACACCGUCAACCGACUGAUGACCAAACUUGAGAUAGAUGCGAGUGGCAAGGUUACAUCGUCUCGUGUCGGAUGGGAGUGGCGGCGGGUAAAGAGAAGUCUCUCGACGAAAGAACGUAAGAAGAUGUUCGACGAGCUUCAGCAGUCAAACAACAAUCUCCGCGCGCUUCUAUCAAAACCAGAGGUGCCCACAGAAGACGGGACUCCGAUGGUCCAAACCCUUGUCGCUCGUUACAACCAGAAUGAUUGCGAUGUUGUACGCUCCCAAGCAUGCGAAGUCAAAAGAGCGCUGGAUGCAUGCUGGCAAUGCUCAUGUUCGCAUCAAACAUCACUAGACCUCAAUUGGCUUACCAACAAGCCGACAAAAUCGCCUGUGUUCAGUGUGUCUUUGUCUUACAACAUAACAAACAACCCAAAUCCAACGGGGACUCCGCAGUGGAUGAAAGCGCGAGUCAAAGUUGAUGCCACUGGUAUAAACAGCAGUAUAGGGAACGAUGAGCGGGUUUUGGGUCCAUCAAUGACCGACAUGCAGCUCCUCACUGUGACCUCAUCACAGUCGACAUCCACAGGGCAACAAUCGAGAGGUCUCUUCCGCCGGCGGUCGAGAAGUCGUUCAACUAGCCCGCUUCCUCCCCACCUAGCGGUGCCNAUACCGGCUACUUCGCGUCAUGAUUCUGGGAGAAACAUAGACUCCCUAUGCAGAUUCGUUCAAGGACUAGACAAUGGCGGUGAGCAUCUGGGAUUCCUGCCUAUACCAGGUGAAACAAAACGCGUUCAUCUCAAGACAUUUCCUGGAGGCGAUAUAGAGCAAGCCACUCUUGUUAAUCUUCUUCCACCAAGCAAGCCUCCGGUUCACCUGAAGCUGGGUCAACGUAAGCGUUUCGAGAUAGCGGCUGCCGCCGCAUGGGCGACGUUACUGCUAUGCGAUACACCUUGGCUGAAUCAUACAUGGGACAAGCAUGGACUCUGNUUUUUCUUCGAGAAUGUCUCAACUACUGGACCACUUCUCGAAGAACGAUGUGUUUCCAUGACACAAGGCUAUACCUUGAACCCCCAUCUGGCGAACAACCUUGGCGUUCAUCCGCUUAACAACACGGUCAUACAAAAUGAAGCCGUAUUUGCCCUUGGAAUUUUGCUGAUCGAGCUCUGUUUGAACAAAUCGUUUGAAGAGUGCAANAGGGAUGCGAAUAUCAACACCACUUCCACCAAUAUCAUUGAUGAUUACAGCGCUGCAGUGAGCUUGAUCGACGACGUCUUCCUUCAAGGUGGUGAGCCAUACGGAAAUGCUGUCCAAAUGUGUAUCAGAUUCGCCUUCCCGGGUCGAGAGAUCACGAAGAACUUUAGCCAUGCAACAUUUCGACGAGACUUCCACAAGCUGGUCGUAGCUCCUGUGGAAGCUACUCUAUCGACCGUGCUAACCUGA